UUUUCCGGAGAGACCGCGACGACAAAUAUCAGCCACGUCCUUACUUCAUGGCAGCGGUGUAUCGUUAUUGUGUCUCUUCGCAUCGGGUGCAUUUAAAAUUGAGUUUCUAAAGUUUGAAAGGCCAGUGAAGAAAGGAAUAAAAAGAGGAAAAAAUGCCUCUGCGAUUAGACAUCAAACGCAAAUUGACCGCAAGGUCCGACAGAGUCAAAAGCGUCGACCUACAUCCUACCGAACCAUGGAUGCUCUGUUCCCUCUAUCAGGGCCAUGUCAACAUCUGGAAUCACGAAAGUCAGACACUUGUCAAAACUUUUGAAGUGUGCGACGUUCCUGUGAGAGCAGCAAAAUUUGUUACUCGCAAAAAUUGGGUCGUAACUGGCUCGGACGAUAUGCAAGUCAGAGUAUUCAAUUACAAUACUCUUGAACGCGUACAUGCUUUUGAAGCUCACAGCGAUUAUGUCAGAUGUAUCGCGGUCCAUCCCACACAACCCUUCAUCCUCACCAGCAGUGACGAUAUGCUUAUCAAGUUGUGGAACUGGGAAAAAUCGUGGCGCAGUCAACAGGUAUUUGAUGGUCAUACGCACUACGUAAUGCAGAUAGUGUUCAAUCCAAAGGACAAUAACACAUUUGCAAGUGCGUCACUGGAUCGAACAGUCAAAGUUUGGCAGUUGGGUUCGUCGACAGCGAACUUUACAUUAGAAGGUCAUGAGAAAGGUGUAAAUUGCGUGGAUUAUUAUCACGGUGGUGACAAGCCUUAUUUGAUAUCCGGUGCAGACGACAAAUACGUCAAGAUCUGGGAUUAUCAGAAUAAAACAUGCGUACAGACAUUGGAAGGACACACUCAGAAUAUUUCAGCUGUGUGUUUCCAUCCUGAGUUGCCGAUUGUUUUGACGGGUUCGGAAGAUGGUACGGUCCGAAUUUGGCACGCUGGAACCUACAGACUGGAGUGCUCGUUGAAUUACGGUUUCGAACGAGUGUGGACAAUAGCGAGUAUGCGAGGUUCGAACAACGUAGCAAUCGGUUACGACGAAGGAAGUGUUAUGGUCAAAGUUGGUCGUGAAGAACCAGCGGUCUCAAUGGAUUCGACGGGCGGAAAAAUCGUUUGGGCUCGACACAGUGAAAUUCAACAAGUCAAUCUCAAAGCACUCGGUGAAGAAGCACAAGACGGCGAACGCUUACCACUCGCUGUCAAGGACAUGGGCGCUUGCGAAAUUUAUCCCCAAACCAUUCAGCACAAUCCAAACGGCAGAUUUCUCGUUGUUUGCGGCGAUGGGGAAUACAUUAUUUACACCUCGAUGGCCCUGAGGAACAAGGCUUUCGGACAAGCUCUUGAAUUCGUCUGGGCUUCGGACUCCAGCCAAUACGCUGUUCGCGAAAGCUCAUCGACUGUUAAAGUUUUCAAAAAUUUCAAAGAAAAGAAAACUAUUAUGCCUGACUUUGGGGUCGAUGCGAUCUUUGGUGGAUUCAUGCUUGGCGUGUCUUCUGGCUCGGGACUCUCGUUCUUCGAUUGGGAAACUCUGAAACUCGUACGUCGAAUCGAUAUUCAGCCUACUCACGUAUAUUGGGCCGAAAAUGCUUCUCUCAUCGCCCUCGCAACCGCUGAUCAGUAUUUCAUCCUUAAAUAUCAUUCGGAUGCUGUCGCAAAUGCUUCGGAAAGCGCUGAGGAUAUUGAAGACGCAUUCGAGAUGGUAGCAGAAAUGAGCGAAGGCGUGAAGACCGGUCUCUGGGUUGGUGACUGUUUCAUUUACACGAACAGCGUAAACAGGAUAAAUUAUUUCGUUGGUGGUGAGGUCGUAACGGUGUCGCAUCUGGAUCGUCCGAUGUACUUACUGGGUUACGUGCCCCGCGACAACAGGCUUUAUCUCUGCGACAAAGAGCUUGCCGUCGUUUCAUAUUCGCUACUGCUUUCGGUACUCGAGUAUCAGACAGCAGUGAUGAGAAAGGAUUUCGAAACAGCGGACAGAGUGUUGCCAACAGUGCCGAAGGAGCAUCGCACUCGUGUCGCCCAUUUCUUAGAGAAGCAAGGCUUCAAGAAACAAGCGCUCGAAGUGUCGACCGAUCCUGAGCACAGAUUCGAGCUGGCGCUUGCCCUCGGCGACUUGACGACCGCACACACUCUCGCGAACGAGGCGAACAGCCAACAAAAAUGGCGUCAACUCGCAACCUUAGCGACGCAACAGGGCAAGCUUCGACUGGCACAAGAAUGUCUUCAUCACGCCCAAGAUUUUGGUGGACUUUUACUACUGGCGACGAGCACCGGAAACUCAUCGAUGAUGGAAAAAUUGGGACAGACUGCCGACGAGGCUGGCAAAAACAACAUCUCUUUCCUCUCGCAUUUCCUCCUCAGCGACGUCGACAAAUGCCUAGAAAUAUUGAUCAAAACCGACAGAGUACCCGAAGCCGCUUUCUUCGCUCGUGCUUACGCACCUAGCAAAAUUUCGUACGUCGUCAAAUUGUGGAAAGAAAAAUUAUCGGCCGUCAGCGAAAAAGCUGGACAGAGCUUGGCCGAUCCUGAACAAUAUGAAAAUCUCUUCCCCGGUUACAGGGAAGCUCUCAAAGUUGAACAAUUUCUACGGGAAGAGAACAAAAAGAAAAUCCCUGCUUCUGCUUUCCCCACGCUCCAGCCAAACACCGAGCGAAAACCCAUGGAAGAAAUGCUGGCGGCUGAAAAAUUGGGAAGCUUCGUACCAACGGAAAAAGAAUGUCCAGGCGUCGCUGAAAAUCCGAGCGACGAAACGAGUGAUUUACUGACAAAGAGACUGGAAAAUUUGGGAAUAAAUCAAUCAGCUCCUCCCACUAUUUCUAAUCCGGCGGAGAAAAAUACGAGACAGCGAAGCACAUCGAGACCACUGACCAUGGACGAGGAUGAUUUAGAAUUGGACCUUGAGCUCGACGAGAACAUUGACACUACCGUUUUCUCGAUACGAAAGACGUAAACUUGGACGACGAUCUUCUGGAAGAGGAUUAACCAACGAAGCCGAAAAAAUACGAAUCACGAGAGUAGGGGAGAGAGAGAGAAAAUUUGUAUAUCAUUAAACCAUCGGUCAUUCCUCAGAAGCACUAUAAAAGUCGCAUGAGUAUUACGAGUUAUGAAAUCGAAUAUGAAAUUAACAUUUUUAUCGUGAUAGAAUAAUAUCGUGAAGAAAAUCGUUGAAAUGAGAGAAUAAGAAAAGGGUAGAAGAGAGAGGGCCAUUUUCUCACGAGUUAAGCACCGAUGUAUACCGAGGGCUAAAUAUAUAUUGUUAAUAUAAGAAUAAACCCUGGAACGUCACCGA